CCAUGCAGUCGUUGCUUCUUGUGGCUCUGCUGUUGGCCCUCGUCGCUCUCUGCAAUGGCUACGACAUCAAUUUGUAAUCAAAGGACGGUCAGUCAGUCGACGAUGGCGCCAUGGCGUCACUUGUCGCCGAGACGAGGGCCCUCAGCGCCUCUCGCACCGUCUCCAGGAGGCGCUUGCGACGACAGGUGAAGGCAGCCCCCUGGGGAUCAUGCCCUAUCAUAAUGUCUUUGCAUCCGUCGGUGUGUGGGCUUGUUUGCAGCUGCGUUCUUGGAGCUGGACCGGAGGGAAUACAGCUCUGCCGUCGAACACAUCACUGCAGGCAUGACAUGAAGUUCAACGUACACACGCCAUUCCACGUGGGUCAUUCAUUCGCGUCACAUGCAUGCAGGUGUCGUGGCGAACCACUCAGCUGGUGCCGAAUCACAUGGUACGGUAAGGGAUGCCACUGAGUCUCUCUGUUCACACUCAGACAUACAUGUCUCCUUCCCUGCCUCCGUCCCACCUUUUCCCCAGCUGCAGGCGCUUCGUGCACAGUAACUUUCGCAUUCGACCUUCGCCAAAGCGACGAAACCAAACAGUUUGGCCCAUACCCCUACGCGAUCGCUUACGACGAUUACUUCUACUACGGGACAGGCGCGUCCGGCUGCUCUAGCCCUGACGUCUGCGUGGUGACAGCCGUGCAGGUGGACCCCUCGGCGAACAACACUGGCAAGGGAUACGGACAGUGCACACCGCCAUCCAGACUCAAGGAGACGGGGCUCAACGAUGCGCAGAGAGCCGAGGUGUGCUGCACGGAUGCAUCCCCUGUGACAGGAGGGCCGUUCUGCAUGGCGCCGAGCACGGUCAGCUGGUCAUAGAGCGAUCAUGAGACAGACAUGUCUCUCAGUAGGGCUUGUGUGCGGUGCUAUUCAUUUAGACCGUCGAGCUGCAGUCCUCGCCCCAUCGUAAUGCGGUCCCCAUUGCCGAGACCUCCAUCAACGCGGUGGAGCGGUUCAUCGAGAAUCAUCCUAAGCACGGAUGGAAACAUAUCGUUCGCUGGCUGUUCCCUGGAGCUGUCGACUAUAUAAGUGAGAUUUGAUGUCAUGCAGGCAAACUCUGCAUGUACACACCUGUGUGUGUUGCUCUUGCCGUUUGGGUGUUUGCAGGCCCUCUCCGCAUCUCUAACUGAACCGACCGCCCGAGUCACAGGCCGACGUCCGUCCAUCGGUCCGUCCGCCUGUCUGUCUGCCUGUCUGCCUGUCUGCCUGUCUGCCUGUCUGCCUGUCUGCCUGUCUGCCUGUCUGCCUGUCUGCCUGCCUGCCUGCCUGCCUGCCGAUGUGUAAGUGCCCGGGUUCGUAUCUCCCCGGCCAGCCGGCGAGACAUUCAUUUGAUAUUGGACGGGCGCCUUCGUGCGUUAUUGAGUGACGCGGGGACCGAAAGGAGAGGGGAGCAUCGAAAGUGAAGCAGCGACUGACUGACAACCAACCAACUCCUGUAAAG